UGUGCAACCCAACGGCGCCUCGUUUGGGAACGGAGAUUUUCGUAGCGACUUUCACCGGUGAAAAAUGUGGGUGUUUAAUGCUACCAAAACGAGCAGUGAAUAUUUAUGACUACUUUUAAUGUAAUCUGCACGUAACUAAACCGAAAAGCAGUCUGAAACUCGCGGGAAGAAUGUACUUAUUUCCGUUGCUGAGGUGUGUUUUUGCUAAAUGUGUGGUGUCAGUUGGAGGCUGUAACGUCUCUAAGCGGGGUUCUCCGUGCACCUAUGCCUUCGUGAAGAGUUUGUGUGUUCAUCAUGGCUUGAAGUCUCCGAAGAGAAACAGCCCGUACAGCUCCGUGGACAGUGAGCGGUAUUCCUCUCUUGUAAAGUCGGUUGUCUCCUUCAAGGUGAGCUCCCAAACCCCUGAGACCCUCGAAGACGAAAACGAGCACAUUUAUGGACCCGUUGUCAAAGCCCAGCCGCCCUCCACAAGAUCGGAGCCCAGGGUACCCAGAAGCCCUCAUCCCUUCUUUAACAGUGACAAGAGUCGGCUUGAUGCGGAGCCCGAGUCAGGACAUCCAGCCCAGAUUUUGUUGAAGCGGAGCCAGGACAGGUCCACGAUCCCAAGUGUGAGCCGCAUCCUUCAGAAGACCCUGUCCCCCGAGCAGAUAUUUUACCUGGAGAGAUGGAGGAGGAGGAUGAUAGCAGAUCUGGGGGAGGAAGGAUUCAAAGAGUACAGUCUGAAUUUAUUCAGGCAAGGCAGUCUUUUCCAUUCAGCUGUGGAGAGCAUUCUGACUUCGACACUGGAGGACACCAAACCCACAAAGGCAUCUGGAGAUUUCCCGGCUGAGAUCGAGGGAUACAUGGAGAGCAUCUCUCACAUACUGGAAGAUGUCAGGGGAGUGAGAGCCAUUGAGAGUGCGGUGCACCAUGGGACGCUGAAUUAUCUGGGUAUUGUGGAUUGUGUGGCCCACUACAGGGGUGUUCUUUGUGUCAUUGACUGGAAGACCUCAGAGAAACCCAAGCCCUUCAUCAGGAACACAUAUGACAACCCCCUUCAGGUGGCAGCCUAUGCUGGGGCUUUGAACAAUGAUAACAACUACAAAUACCAGGUUGAAAAUGGAGUCAUUGUGGUGGCCUACAAAGAUGGUUCACCUGCCCAUGCUCAUCUGUUGAACACAGAGCAGAUCCUGCAGUACUGGGAAAGGUGGUUGGUUCGCCUUGAGAAGUUCAUGGAACAGAGGUGAAGAAAGUCACACUGUAGAGGCAGCUUUGUAUCGACCCCGGUAAUGUUUCAGUUCGAUAGGAUGAAAUAAGAUUCUGUACAGUGUUUUUUCUUAACUCUUUUGUAUUCUGACUUACAUUUCUGGGGAGCAAAUACGACAGAAUCUUUUCCUUACCACUGUACAAAACUCUUUGUAUUUUACUGUUAAUAAAGUAUAAAGUUCCAUCAUGAA